AUGAACACGCCCAUCAGCCGCAUCCAGCUGCUCGCCAAGGCCGCCAGCCGAGCCUUCUCUACCAACCAUCCGACCCACGCCACCGCUCUCGGCGUAGGCACACCCCGCAUCUCCGCCCGAGCUCCAACCAAAUACGGCGGCGUAUACACAGUCACCCUCAUCCCCGGCGAUGGGAUCGGGAAGGAGAUCACGAGCUCGGUGAAGGAGAUCUUCGAGCACACCAAUGCCCCGAUCGAGUUCGAGGAAUUCAACAUCUCCGGCGAGACGCUCGAGGACCAGGCCGUGUUCCAGCGCUCGAUGGACAGCUUGCGCAGGAACCGCGUCGGCCUCAAAGGUGUGCUCUAUACCCCGUCCGAUGACAAGGGCCAUCCUUCCUGGAACGUCGCCAUGCGUCAACAACUGGACAUCUAUGCCAGUAUCUCUUUAUGUAAGUCCGUCCCGGGCUAUCCGACCCGCCACAAGGACGUCGAUUUCGCGAUCAUCCGAGAGAACACGGAGGGCGAGUAUUCCGGCCUAGAGCAUUCAUCGGUCCCAGGCGUAGUCGAGUCGUUGAAGAUCAUCACACGGACGAAGUGCGAGCGGAUCGCCCGCUUCGCCUUCGACUUUGCCCUCAAGAACCACCGCAAACACGUCACCUGUGUCCACAAGGCUAACAUCAUGAAGCUCGCCGACGGCCUCUUCCUCGAGACUUGUCGCAAAGUCGCCAAGGAAUACGAGCGCUCCGGAAUCACUUUCAGCGACAUGAUCGUCGACAAUGCCUCCAUGCAACUCGUCGCUAAACCCCAACAGUUCGACGUCAUGGUCAUGCCCAACCUGUAUGGGGCUAUCGUCGCCAACAUCGGUGCGGCUCUCGUCGGCGGACCGGGGAUCGUUCCGGGGGCAAACAUCGGCCGGGAGUUCGCGCUAUUCGAGCCAGGCUGUCGACACGUAGCCAAGGACAUCAUGGGCCAAGACGUGGCGAACCCGAUCGCCAUGGUGCUUUCCUCAACAAUGAUGCUCCGCCAUCUCGGCCUCGACUUCCAAGCCGACUCGAUCGCACGGGCCGUCUACACGAUCAUCGAGCAGGGCAAGAUCCGCACCCCGGACAUGGGCGGCAAGAACCACACCUCUGAAGUCACCCGCGCUAUCAUCGAGCAAUUGAAGUAA